UCUAACACUUUCGCAUCCAAUGGCUCAGAUUCAAUCUACUUCUCCAGAUUCAAUCUUAACCAUACGCGGCUCCAACACACACUCAAAAAAAAUGAUAGCGAACUGACACCGUAUUGGAGGACUCCGUCGCGGCCACCAUCUUUUCCGGCAAGCCAAUACGUCUCUUAACCGUCACCAUCUAUUUCUACUGCCGCCGUGGAACUCCCCAGUGUGCAUCUCUAAAUUUGUACGGUCUUCCUAUCCCAAUAGUGUCAUGUCUUUAUAAAAUGGACGUGGGCUUCACCAUUUAAUUUUCCUUGGAGACAUUGUAUGGACUGAGGAAGAGGAAGAGAGAACUGAUUCUCCAAUAACCUUGCUACAGACAGAAGUGACGUUGAUGUCAACCUGACAAAUAUAAUGAGCUUUGUGGCAUUGACAUGGAUGAAUUGUAUACGAAGGCAUCUUCUACCAAAAGCAAGGUUUCUUCACACUUUGCAAGUUCUUCAAUCAGAACAAAUUUUAAUGUCUCCUUCUCUUGCAUCUCUGGACCUUCCCGACAUCUGGACUCCUAAUUAUUCAUGUCAGAGUAGUCCAGCCAUACUUAAAAGUGGUAAUGAGCAAACUGCUAUGGUACUUGAUGGAAAGUUGAUGUCAACGGAAAUCAGAUCUAAAAUAGCUGAUCAGGUAAGACAAAUGAAGAAAUGUCUGGGAAAGGUUCCUGGGCUAGCUGUUAUUUUGGUGGGCCAGAGGAAGGAUUCUCUUACUUAUGUUCGCAACAAGAUAAUUGCAUGUGAAGAAGUUGGAAUCAAGUCCUUGGUGACUGAACUACCAACUGAUUGUGCAGAUGCUGAUGUUCAAAAUGCUGUCAUGAGAUUUAACAAGGACCCAUCAGUUCAUGGGAUUCUUGUCCAGCUUCCUCUACCACAACAUCUGGACGAGGAAAAAAUUUUGGAUGCUCUAUGUCUUGAAAAAGACGUGGAUGGGUUUCAUCCUCUUAAUAUGGGGAAUCUUGCUCUAAGAGGAAGGGAGCCAUUGUUUACUCCUUGUACUCCAAAGGCCUGCAUUGAGUUGUUGAUAAGGUCUGGAGUUAAGAUUAUGGGGAAGAAGGCGGUGGUGAUAGGAAGGAGUAAUAUUGUUGGUCUGCCGACAUCGUUAUUAUUGCAGAGACACCAUGCAACAGUCACCAUCAUACAUGCAUUUACAGAAAACCCUGAACAGAUCACCUCUAAAGCUGAUAUUGUAGUUUCAGCUGCUGGAGUACCUAAUUUGGUUCGUGGGAACUGGAUAAAGUCCGGUGCAACUGUGAUCGAUGUUGGAACAAGUCCUGUUGAGGAUCUUAGCUGCGAGGAAGGUUAUCGUCUAGUUGGUGAUGUGUGCUAUGAAGAAGUUGUUAAGGUGGCAUCCGUUAUUACUCCUGUGCCUGGUGGGGUUGGACCUAUGACAGUUACUAUGCUUCUAGUUAACACUUUAGAUUCUGCUAAACGUAUGCUUAAUUUUACUUGAUCUCUUUCUGUUUUGUUUUUAUAGUACAUUUUGUUGAAUUUGGCUCAUAAAAAAUGAAUAACAUGUAAACUAAAAUAAGAAAAUCAAUAUUUUAACGUU